UAAGGCGCCAGCUCAGUGCAAAAUGUGCGGCCGACCAUCCAUGUUGUUGUUGUUAGUGCUUCUGUUGAGUGCGGCCGCAGCUGCAUCAAGCGCUGAGACCGACGCCGACUGUGAUGCAGCCAGUAAUGCUGAUCUGGAGACACAGUUACGGAUAGCGCAGAUCAAAGAGGAAAUCCUGCGCAGAUUGAAACUGAGUGAGGCUCCAGUUGUGAAUGCUAGUUUGAGUGCUGCUCCUCACAGCUUACCCGCUCCUCUCGCUCAUCUGGCGCCUGCGCCUCCUCCGUCCUCCUCAGCAACUCCUCGUGAUGACGUCACCGUAGACAAAGUCAUUCUUUUUCCUGUUCAUCAAGGGAAUCAGGCAGAAACAAGUCCUGGAUCAUCUCUUAGGUUUCGAUUUCAACUUCCUGGACAACUAGAGGCAGAAGAACUAUCUUCGGCAGAGCUGUGGCUCCAUAAGCAGGAAUCAAGCGUCAAUUCAGAAGAUUUUCUUAUCUCAGAGUUGAGCGAUAAUGGAACAACUCUAUUCAUGCAGAAGAUAACAAUCGAUGGUAGAUGGGCAUACGCAGAUAUUGGCCCAGCUAUGCGUAGAUGGCUGGGAGUCCAUCCCAAGGGAAUGGAGAUUUUCAGCACAGUUUAUGUAAGCUGCUCCACAUGUAAGAUAGGCUCAGUCCCUCCGAUCUCGAGCACUGCCGAAAAUCGGCCGUUUCUUGUACUCAGCAUCAAUUCUAUCGUAAAGAGUCGCAGAACUAAAAGAGUUGUUACUUGCGAGCCAAAAACACGUGAUUGCUGCAGACAAUAUUUGAACGUAUCAUUUGCUGACAUCAAUUGGGAUAACUGGAUAGUGGAGCCUUCUUAUUACGGCGCUUACUACUGCAAAGGAAGCUGUACUACAGUCAGUUCUUUGAGCGAGUCGAAGAACUCAUUUCAAAUGCUCAAACGUGACUAUAACGACAGUCAGAACAAGACAGUUCUACCAUCUUGCUGUACUCCACAUCGGUAUGGAAAUUUACAGAUAAUCUAUAGGAUUGGUAGUCAACUUGUGAAAGCAACACUUAAGGAUAUGACAGUCGAAGAGUGCAAGUGCAGUUGACAUUCUUCACUAAAAUGUGUCCUAAAGAGCAGUAUUUCUUUGUGUACCUGCAUACGUAACACUCGCCAAGAAACUAAUUUAUUGGAACUCUCAUGAACGUAUUAAUGCCUGGGGUUUACGACUCCAGUAGAUGUUCUAGUAACUGGAUGCUACCAGAAGCCGUUAUCCUGCCACUGAUUUAUCCACACGACAAAAUUUAAAGACAGGUUGCCAAUAACCUGUUCAAGUACGUAUCCGCACGGUUCAAAUUACAAGUUUCAAUUAUCAUGUCUAGGGUACGGAAACUAGAACGUCUACUGGAAACUAGAAUCGUGAAAAUCAGGCAUAAGGAACGAUUCUCAAGAUCAAAUGUAGACAUCAUUUGCGUAACAUCCAAGUACUAGAUCGUUCUGAUAUGAAUGGUUGCUAGGAAACGAAAGUCUUAGUUUACUCAGCUAAAUUUGAUUUCAAGAGUCAAAUAAUCAUUCAUAUAGAGUCUAUCAAGUCCCAAUUAACUAGUCUUUCACAGACUUGUGAAAUUCAAAUUAUGACAUGGAAAAUCAAUUUAUAUAGUUCAAAUAGGAAAAGAUAUAUUGUGUACUUGAAAAUAUAUGGCUUGGAAUUUAUAACAUAAAUUUCAAGUAAAUGUGGUUGGCUCUGAAAUCGGUUUGGAAGCUUAUCACUCAGAUAAAUUAAAAGGCAUGCGCAUUCUAUUCCUGUUGGACAAGUCAUCACUUAAGAAGCCAACCCCACUCGUUAACAUAUUAGUUUAAAAAUCGUUUCCUGGUGGUUUGGAACCCACCUAAAACUGUAGGUUUAUUCAUCGAUCAUCAUAAUCCCUAUAACCUGUGCACAAGUCAAGGGCUUAUGUGGGAAACAUUCUCAGGAAUAAAUAAUUUAUGAACUUUCAAUUGUCUUUCUAAUGUGAGUGUCUGCGAGGCGACUAAUAAUAUUAACACUAGAGGGCAAUCCGUGAUCCGCGUCUAAUCCGGGUCUAAUUGAAAACUUGACCUACUGUAAUCUUGAAGAAUUUAAAAUAGGCCUAUGAACAUCCUCCAUAUAUUAAGAAUCAAUAUGCAAAUUUUCAAGUUAAUCAG